AUGUCUACAUUAAUGUCCACCGAUGGCUCCAAGCGGGAGAUGACUCUGACUGUGCUGGGUUGCGGUACAUUGGGUAUCGCGAUCCUGUCUGGUAUUCUGGCCUCUCUGUCUGAUACCAAAGGUGCAUCUGCGUCCUCGAAUGAGGAUACGCCGUCCCUGACCCCGACCAAAUUCAUUGCGUGCGUUCGACGACCGCAAUCUGCAAAGCGCAUUCACGAUGCUGUUAGCGCAUAUCAAAACUUCCCGGUAAAGGUCCUUCAGAACGACAAUAUAAACGGUGUCAAACAGGCAGAUGUGGUCAUCCUGGGCUGCAAACCUUAUAUGCUGAAGGAUGUAUUGGAUGUGCCGGGAAUGCGCGAAGCUCUGAAUGGCAAGCUCCUGAUCAGUAUUCUGGCCGGAGUCCCUGCUGAGCAGAUCGAGAACACACUAUAUCCGGAUAAUAGCUCAGUCGCGGAGCAAGAUAGGUGUCGAAUUAUUCGUGCCAUGCCGAACACGGCUGCUAUAGUCAGGGAAUCAAUGACCGUGAUUAGCACGGCAGUUCCGCUCCCGGCAGAAUUAAACAAACUGGUGACCUGGAUUUUUACCAGGAUCGGACAGGUCGCCCAUCUUCCUCCUGCUAGCAUGGAUGUCAGCACGGCUCUGGCUGGCUCUGGACCCGGUUUUAUGGCGUUGGUUCUUGAGGGUAUGGCUGAUGGAGCUGUCGCCAUGGGAAUGCCCCGCGCUGAGGCGCAACUCAUGGCCGCUCAGGUUAUGCGUGGCACGGCAGCUAUGGUAUUAAAUGGAGAACACCCGAGCCUGCUCAGAGAGAAGGUUUCUACGCCCGGUGGAUGCACAAUCGGAGGCUUGCUUGUACUUGAGGAGAACGGCGUCAAGGGUAGCCUCGCUCGCUCAGUUCGAGAGGCAACUGUUGUCGCAAGUCAGCUUGGCCAAGGAGUUAAGAAUGUCAAUGGUACAAGAUUCUGA